AUGUCGCCAGUUCCUUUCAGCUUUCACCUUUUCAAAUUCGAUGGUGUGUGUCAAACGGUCGCGCUGACGCUUUGUCCACUUAUUGGAAAAUCUGAUGGUAUCGAGCCACUAUGCUAUUCACGCAAUGUAGAAUUUGCCGGCAUGCUUAUUUUUCAGCCAGGCACUUUGAUUAUGGAUAUCAUAUCGAUAUUCAUGACGAGUAUUAUGAUCUACCACAUUAAAACAAAAUAUACCGCGAUUGGCCGGAAAGAGAUCACUAUGUUCUUUCAAUUAUACCUCAUGACCAUCCUUCUCGACAUGUUACUGGUGACCAGCAUUAUUCCAAAAGCAUCGAUCCUUUACCCCUACUUUACAGCAGCACAUUUGGGCCUCAUUAGCGCAACUUUCUGGUGUCUUCUUUUGAAUGGAUUUGUCGGCUUUCAAUUCGCCGAAGAUGGUACGCCCAUCAGUCUGUGGUCGAUCCGUGUCACCUGCUUCACGAUUUGGCUCACGGUCGUAUUGAUUUCCAUCCUCACAUUCAACAACGUCGGGCCAUUCAACUACGAAACGCCGAUGGUGCUCUGGAUUAUCUAUUUCUUGGUCAACAGUGCCGCGUUUGUGAUAUAUGUAAUCAUGCAGGUCAUUCUUGUCGUGUUCACGCUGGAUGAUCCAUGGGCGCUCGGCGAUAUUGCUUUUGGCACGCUCUUUUUCAUUGUUGGACAGGUCACAAUGUAUGUGUUUUCUGUGGCAAUCUGUGAAGAGCUGAAGCACUAUAUGGACGGCCUAUUCCUGGGAAGCGCGUUCAACCUGCUUGCAGUUAUGAUGGUGUACAAAUAUUGGGAUUCCAUUACAAAGGAAGAUCUCGAAUUCGCUUUGGAUUCCAAACCGCAGCACUGGCAGAUUUUGCAACAAGUCAGAGAGGAGGAAGAGGAGAAGGAGUCGGUCUAUCAGUAG